UUCGAAUUAUUGCGGUAUCCAUUUUCUUCUUAUCAUCACAGUCGCCGCGUGAACGCCGCACGAGGAGAAAACGAUUAUUUCAAUCCCAAAGCCACGAUUUAUUACCUAAUACAUAUUUAAACAUGGCAGCCCAGUUCUUUAACCGAAUAGGUCAGCUUGGCCUAGGUGUAGCUCUCGCAGGUGGUGUUAUUAACUCGGCACUAUACAAUGUUGAUGGAGGACAUAGAGCUGUUAUAUUUGAUAGAUUUGCAGGAAUAAAAAAUGUUGUGGUUGGGGAAGGAACACAUUUUUUCAUUCCUUGGGUGCAAAAGCCAAUCCUAUUUGACAUCCGUUCACGACCGCGAAACGUUCCAGUCAUUACAGGAAGCAAAGAUUUGCAAAAUGUAAAUAUUACUCUCCGUAUUCUCUUCAGACCUGUACCAGAUUCAUUACCUAAGAUAUACACAAUCCUUGGUGUGGACUAUGAUGAAAGGGUACUGCCAUCUAUCACUACUGAAGUGCUGAAAGCUGUUGUCGCACAAUUUGAUGCUGGUGAAUUAAUCACGCAAAGAGAAGUUGUGUCUCAAAAGGUCAGUGAAGAACUAACAGAUAGAGCUUCGCAGUUUGGCCUUAUUCUGGAUGAUAUCUCUCUUACACAUUUAACGUUUGGUAAAGAGUUUACCCAAGCUGUAGAAUUGAAGCAAGUGGCGCAACAAGAAGCUGAGAAGGCUCGUUUUUUGGUAGAAAAAGCUGAGCAACAGAAGAAAGCAGCUAUUAUCAGCGCUGAGGGUGAUGCGCAGGCUGCAAGUUUAUUAGCAAAGUCCCUCGCUGAAGCGGGAGAUGGUCUUGUCGAGCUCAGGAGAAUCGAAGCUGCAGAAGACAUUGCGCACAACUUAUCCAAAUCGCGACAAGUGGCGUAUCUGCCGCCAGGCCAAAAUGUGCUGCUCAAUUUGCCACAGUAGAAUGAAAAACUGGUACAGUGUAUCAACGUAAAUUGUGCAUUUACAUACAAUUGGAGAGUAUGAUACUGUAAUAGAGUGUAAAAAAUGCAUAUGGCAGAAACUUCCCCGAAAGUGUUGCAUAGCAGGAAUAUAUAGUAUUUCAUAACAUUUAUUACGUUUUCAGCCAUGAAUCUGCCUCCUUUUAAAAAUGCAUAUGUUCCUAUUCCUUUAACUAUUGGGGAAACGUUUAACUUUAAAUCAUUGUUUAACGUUCAGUGCUCGCCGCGUAUUUUUGUAACAUUGUUGCUGGGUGCAAUCCAUCAUCAGUGAACUACAUUAACGACAUAUAUAAUGCAGUACAAAUUUAAUGCAAACAAUAAAACGAUGCCUUUUCUUAUAGUUA